GCUUUUACAACCUUCGAUAAAUAGUACGCUUUUUUCCGCCACUUUUUAUCUGCCAUUGGUGUAACUCAAGUGCCUACAAGCAUAGGGGACAUUUUCCAAUUUAGCUCAAUCGCACGCAGCAUUGAACGUACGUAAGAAGACAGUAGACUGCACGACCAGAACAGUCGAGCAGCGAUUAUUCUGUCGUUGCAUCCAGUCUUCUCGUUUCGUCCUUCCAAAUUUCAUCGGGUUUACAAUGACAGCACCGGCGGUAGGGAUUGAUUUGGGAACAACCUAUUCGUGUGUCGGCGUAUUUCUCAAUGGAAAAGUCGAGAUCGUCGCUAAUGACCAAGGAAAUCGCACUACACCGAGCUACGUGGCGUUUACCGAAGCGGAGAGGUUAAUCGGUGAUGCAGCCAAGAAUCAAGUAGCUAUGAAUCCCACGAACACGAUCUUUGAUGCGAAGAGGCUGAUUGGCAGACGUUACGAUGAUCCAUCAGUCCAAGCUGACACGAAACAGUGGCCGUUCGCCGUGGUUAACGACGGAGGAAAACCGAAAAUCCGAGUUAGGUACAAGGGUGAGACGAAGUCCUUCUUUCCCGAAGAGAUCUCGUCGAUGGUUUUGACGAAAAUGAAGGAAACGGCGGAAGCUUAUUUGGGAAAGUCCGUCACGAACGCCGUGAUUACGGUACCAGCGUACUUCAACGAUUCCCAGCGACAGGCUACCAAGGACGCCGGUACUAUCUCCGGCUUGAAUGUCCUGAGGAUCAUUAACGAGCCGACUGCCGCAGCUAUUGCUUACGGCCUCGACAAAAAGGGCCGCGGUGAAAGGAACGUUCUGAUCUUCGAUCUCGGCGGCGGUACUUUCGACGUAUCGAUACUGACUAUCAACGACGGCAUAUUCGAGGUGAAGGCCACUGCCGGUGACACCCACCUGGGUGGCGAGGACUUCGACAGUCGCAUGGUGACACACUUCACACAAGAGUUCUCAAGAAAGUUCAAGAAGGAUCUGACGACGAACAAACGAGCGGUUCGUCGGUUGAGAACAGCGUGCGAGCGCGCCAAGAGGACCUUGUCCUCAUCGACGCAAGCCAACAUCGAAAUCGAUUCCCUGCUCGAUGGCAUCGACUUUUACACGUCCAUCACGCGCGCUCGCUUCGAGGAGCUCAACCAAGAUCUCUUCAAGUGUACGUUACAGCCAGUUGAGGAAGCUCUGCGAGACGCCAAGAUGGACAAAUCUCAGAUUCACGACAUCGUGCUCGUCGGUGGCUCGACUAGAAUUCCACGAAUCCAGAGGUUCCUUCAGGACUUUUUUAAUGGAAAGGACCUUAACAAAUCGAUAAAUGCGGACGAGGCUGUGGCGUAUGGGGCGGCAGUGCAGGCGGCCAUAUUGCAGGGUGACAAGUCCGAAGCAGUACAGGAUCUGCUGCUCCUGGACGUGACUCCGUUGUCCCUCGGGAUAGAGACCGCCGGUGGCGUGAUGACCGCUCUCAUCAAACGCAACACCACGAUCCCGACCAAGCAGACGCAAACUUUCACUACCUACUCGGACAAUCAACCGAGCGUCCUGAUCCAGGUUUACGAGGGGGAGAGAGCAAUGACCAAGGACAACAACCUCCUGGGAAAAUUCGAGCUUUCUGGGAUUCCGCCGGCGCAUCGAGGCAUACCGCAAAUCGAAGUGACCUUCGACAUCGACGCGAAUGGUAUCUUGAACGUGUCCGCCGUGGAGAAAUCAACGAACAAGGAGAACAAGAUAACGAUAACCAACGACAAGGGUCGACUCAGCAAGGAGGACAUAGAACGAAUGGUGAACGAAGCGGAAAGAUACCACGCGGAGGACCAAUCGCAGAAGGAGAGAGUCGCAGCGAAGAACAACCUCGAAUCGUAUUGCUUUAACGUAAAGAACUCCAUCGAGGAUGAGAAUAUCAAGGCGAAGAUUGCGGAAGGAGACCGGAAACUCAUAGCUGACAAGUGCGAUGAAAUCAUCAAGUGGCUCGAUAUCAAUACUUCCGCCACUAAGGAGCAGUUCGAGAAUAAGUUAAAGGACGCUGAAAAAGUUUGUAAACCGAUUUUUACCAAAUUUUACAACGGCGCAGGAUACGGGCAAAAUUAUAGCUCUUCGGCCAAUCCGACGAUAGAGGAAGUGGACUGACUGAAUAUUUACCCUCGGUUGGUUAUACCGCGUGCCGCCGGUGCUUUGAUAAAACUUUUCACACGAUAUUCAAAAUUCAUCGUUAAUAUUUUUCGCGCGACUCUAUUUUAAACGAGCUUAAUUCCGAACGAUCAAAAUAUUUGUGAAUCCAAGACAAUUGAACGCUUGUAAGCAAUUAAAACAGUUCACAAGGUUGAAUCAUAAAAUAAACGGCUCCACGUUAA